AACUUGUAUUUUUGAUUCAUUGAGUUUGGAAGUUAGAAACAAAGAAAGGAUGGGUAGCCUUAAUGAAAGCAGCAUUUCCAAAAGAUGGAAGCAGUUGAGCGGGCAGGAUAACUGGAAGAGCAUGCUGGACCCCCUCGACAUCGAUCUCCGGCGAUACAUCAUCCACUACGGCAAAAUGGCUGAGGCUACAUACGAUGCCUUCAACUCAGAGAAGUUGUCCAAGUAUGCCGGAAGCAGCCGGUACGGGAGGUCAGAUUUCUUCUCGAAGGUGGGUUUGGAUAUAGGCAAUCCAUACAAGUAUGAGGUGACCAAGUUCCUCUAUGCCACAUCCUCAGUAGACUUACCAGAUGGUUUGAUGGUGAAGUCUUUGUCGAGGGAGGGAUGGAAUAAGGAAUCCAAUUGGAUUGGUUACGUUGCAGUGGCGACUGAUGAAGGGAAGGAAAUGUUGGGAAGGAGAGACAUCGUGAUUGCAUGGAGAGGUACGGAACAAGCUUUGGAAUGGGCCAACGACAUGAAUUUCAUAUUGAUUUCUGCUGAAGAUUCCAUAUUUGGGCCGGAUGCCGACCAUGUUGAUGUACAUCGAGGCUGGUACUCCAUGUAUACUUCUGAUAAUCCACGUUCCCUCUACAACAAGUCCAGUGCAAGAGCUCAGGUAUUGACUGAGGUGAGGAGACUAGUAGAAAAAUUCAAGAACGAAGAGAUCAGCAUAACUAUAACAGGCCACAGCUUGGGUGCAGCUCUUGCAACAAUAAAUGCUGCAGAUAUAGUUGCCAAUGCAGUAAACAAGCCAAAGGACCAGCCAGACAAAGCAUGCCUAGUGACGGCCUUCGUCUUUGCCAGUCCCCGCGUUGGAGAUGGUGACUUCCGGAAGUUCUGUUCCGAAUUAGAUGACCUCCGAGUGUUGCGCAUCACCAACAACCCUGACAUUGUCCCCACAUACCCGCGCUUCGGCUACGCCGAUGUUGGACAGGAACUAGAGAUCGACACUAGAGAGUCUAAUUACUUGAAGCGUCCUGGCAAUUUUUCAGGUUGGCAUAACUUGGAGGCGUACCUGCAUGGCGUUGCUGGGACUCAAGGGUCCAAAGGAGGAUUCAAGCUAGAAGUUGAUCAUGAUAUUGCACGCGUUAACAAGUCCAAGGAUGCAUUGAAGGAUGAAUAUCAUGUGCCUGCUUCGUGGUGGGUUGAGAAGAAUAAUGGGAUGGUUCAAGAUGCUAAUGGUUCUUGGAAGUUAAUGGACCAUCAGGAAGACAUAGAUUUUGGGCUUUGAGUGUUAUCUUAUAUAAUCUCAAUAUGAUUUGUACCAUACAUCCAUCA